AUGAAGUUCCUCGCUAUCGGUGCGCUUCUGCUCAGCACAGUCGGUGCUAUCGCCACUGAGCACAUCAUCAAGGGUGCCAGCAUCAUUCCAGCGAAGGACAAGGCGGCAUUGAAGAAAAUUGGUGCUCAUGGCCAGAAGUAUGCGGAUCGUCGAACUGUCACAAUUCGUUCGUCCAAGAGUGACACUGACGAUAUUGCCGAUGACUUCCUCUGGGGUAUCAAGGCUGCCAACCAUGGUGGCAGACUUGUGUUACAAAAGGGGAAGAAGUAUGUUAUCGGUAAGAAGCUUGAUCUCAGCUUCUUGGAUAAUAUCGAGGUCCAACUCGAGGGUGAAUUGAAGUUCACCGAUGACAUUGACUACUGGCAAAAGAACAACUUCUACUACGCUUUCCAAAAGUCCAUCACUUUCUGGGUUUGGGGUGGCCAGGACAUCAAGAUCUUCGGCAAGGGAACUCUGAACGGCAAUGGUCAGGCUUGGUACAACGGCUUUGCCGGAUUGGAAAUUCUUGACUCGACCAAUACCUACUACCGCCCAAUCCUCUUCCUGACCGACAAUGCCACUCGUAUCAGUGUCGAGGGUAUUACCCAACUCAACUCCCCCUGCUGGACCAACUUCUUCGUUCGCACCAAAGAUGUCUCUUUUGAUGAUGUCUUCAUCAACGCGUACUCUACCAACGCAUCUGCUCUCCCCAAGAACACUGACGGAUUCGACUCAUUGAACGUGGACGGUCUCAGCGUGACCAACACGCGCAUCGACAUUGGCGACGACUGCUUCUCGCCCAAGCCCAACACCACCAACAUUUUCGUGCAGAACCUGUGGUGUAACAACACCCACGGUGUCAGCAUGGGCAGCAUUGGGCAGUACUCUGGUGUCGAGGAUAUCAUCGAGCAUGCCUGGAUUGAGAACGUGACUCUACUGAACGGACAGAACGGAGCUCGCCUCAAGGCCUGGGCUGGCCCCGACGUCGGCUUUGGUCGCAUCAACAACAUCACCUACAAGAACAUCCACAUUGAAAACACCGAUGCGCCGAUUGUGCUUGACCAGUGCUACUUCAACAUCAACAGCACCACCUGCGCCGAAUACCCAUCUGCUGUCAACUUCACCAACAUCAAGUUCGAGAACAUCUAUGGUACCUCAUCCGGCAAGAAGGGAAGUGUCGUCGCCGACCUCACUUGUUCACCUAACGCGGUCUGCUCCGGUAUCAGCCUUUCUGAGAUUGAUAUCGCCAGUCCAUCUGGCUCUCCUUCUACGAUUACCUGUGACGGUAUCGAUGGUGACAUUGGAGUGGAAUGUCAAUCGAGCUCUUCCUAG